AUGGCUGGUUUAAGCUCCAAUCCUAGCACCAGCAAUGCUAAUGCUCAGGGAAUGAAUGGUGGUGGUGGUUAUCAAACUAGAAGUCAGGGGGUAAUUUUGAGAAAUAUGAGAAAGAGAUGUGUUGCCUUGGGCCAUAUAGAUAGGAGUAGGCCUCUAGUAAAUGAUGAAUUUCAUUUGGUCCAAAUUGAUGAAGUUUGUCUAGAAUCUGAGGCUCUCUGUGAUGGCGAUGGAACUUUUAAGGAUGUUAUCAUAGGCCAAAAGAUUUUGUGGCCGCAACACUCUAUGUCUCAACAUCUAACUACUCCAAAUAAAGACUGGAUGUUUGCACGCAAGGGUUCACCUCCAUGGAUUCAAGGUGUUCAAUAUUUCAUCCAAUUUGCAACAGAGAGUCUUGGUGAAGGUAUCAAAGAAUUUCGUUGUCCUUGCAUGAAGUGUAAGAAUUACAACAGUUUACCAAAAUCUCUAGAUGAUGUACAUGGGGAUAUUCUUGAUUAUGGGUUCGACAGGCAAUACCGAACAUGGAUCCAUCACGGAGAGCAACCUCGUGUGAAUAAUGUUCAAGCUCGUUCUUUACCUGCCAAUAAUGCUAUGAAUCAUGGAGCUGCUGCAUCUUUUCCGAGGAUAUUUGACUUGUUCAAUGAGACACUAGGACGUGUAGGUGACGGUACUGCUGUUGAAGAUGGUACUGUUGUUGAAGCUGGUACUGCUGCUCAAGAUAAGGCUAAUGUGAAUUGCAGGAAGAGGUUGGAGGAUGCAGUCCAACCCUUAUUUCCAGGUUGUGAUGCUGAUCAUACAAAACUAUCAGCAACAGUUGAGUUGCUUAGUAUGCAAGCAAGGUAUCAAUGUUCUGAUGUUUUCAUGACUGAAUUAUUUGGAUAUUUGAAAAUUAUUUUACCAGAUGGGAACACAUUGCCAUCUAAUUGUCGUAAAGCAAAGGACAUGAUUAAGCCAUUUCAGUUGCCGGUCCAUAUCAUCCAUGCUUGCAUUAAUGAUUGUAUUCUCUAUCGCAAGGACUAUGCUAAUGAAGAGAAGUGUCCUAAAUGUGGUGAAAGUAGAUGGAAGAAACCACCCGAAGGGAGUAAUCCAUCAACUAAAAAGGUUCCAGUGAAGAGACUGAGGUAUUUUCCAGUUACAGAAAGGUUGCAGCGUAUGUAUGGUACAACAUGGAUAGCUGAGCUGAUGACAUGGUAUGCUAAGGUUGAAGAAAGUGCUACACAUAUGAGACAUCCGGUGGAUUCGUCACAAUGGAAGUCAAUAGACAUGAAGUGGCCUGAGUUUGCUGAAGAGAAACGAAACGUACGUCUGGGACUAGCAACUGAUGGUUUUAACCCUUUUGGAAUGAUGACCUCGCAUAGUACUUGGCCUGUUAUGCUUACUUGUUAUAACCUUCCGCCAUCUGAAUGCACGUCAAAGGAUUUUACGAUGUUAACACUGCUGAUUCCUGGUCCACUUGGUCCUAACCACAACAUAGAUGUUUAUUUGCAGCCCUUGAUCGACGAGUUAAUUGAUUUAUGGACAGUCGGUAAAGUAACGUACGAUGCGCAUACAAAGACUUCCUUUACAAUGAAAGCAAUGUUAUUGUGGUGCAUACACGACUUUCCCGCAUAUGCUCAUGUUUCUGGUUUGCGAACUUCUGGAAGAUUUGGUUGUCCUGUGUGUGGAGAAAAUACAGAGGCGUUCAGGCUAAAAUGGGGUUCUAAGUAUGCUUAUAUGGGUCAUAGAAGGUUUCUAAGAGAUAGGUUUCACCCUUAUAGACUGAAAACAUCUGAGUUCAACGGAUUUGAGGAGACAAGGGGUGCACCAAGACGUUUGAGUGGUGCCGAAUUAUUCGACAAGACAGCAACCGCAGAUAAAGAGUUUGGGAAGCUGGUCAAGCGGCCGGUCGUACAAAAGAAUUUUACGGAGAAUUUGUUUGGAACUUUUAUGAGCCAUAAGGAUAAGAACAAGGAUGGGAAACUGGCGCGUAAAGAUUUAAAACUGCUAAACUUAAAGCCUUGCUUGUGGUUGACGGAAGAGAAUGGAAAAGUAGAGAUGCCUCAUGCACCUUAUUCUUUGUCUAAGGAAGAAAGGGAAGUCAUCUGUAAAACUCUUAGCACACUUAAAGUUCCAAUUGGUUACAGUGCGAAUUGGAAACGGAAAGUAUGCUUGAAAGACUUCCAAUUGAAGGGUUUGAAGUCUCACGAUUAUCAUAUUCUGAUGCAGGGGUUAAUGCCUAUUUUUAUGAUGCAUUGUUUCAAAGAACAUAAGCCUUUGCGUGAGGCAGUUCGACACUUAUCGUUGUUUUUCAAAGUACUAACUUCCAAGGUUAUUGAUCGUGCUGAGCUUCAAGAGGCACAUCAAUUGGGGCCUGUUCAGUUUAGGUGGAUGUACCCUUACGAGAGGAUGAUGAGGUACUACAAAGUACUUGGUCGCAACAAAAAUUAUGUAGAAGGCUCUAUUACAAAACAGUAUGAGAUUAAUGAAGGAGCGCGCCAUUGCGUCGAGAUACUUCCUGAAAAGAGGCGAAAGUCUCUUAAGUGUCGUGGAAAGAUAUCAAUGCCCAGUGAUGUUUAUGAAGGUCCAUACCCACCUAAUUCACAAGGAAAGCCACAUUCAUUGACCAACGUAGAGCAUGAACAAGUUCGUUUGUGGAUAUUGAGACAUUCAGAUGAAAAUACUGAAUGGGAAGAGAAGUACGAGAUAUAUGUUCGUAAUUUGAACCAAACUCGUACGGGAAGGAUAAAACCUACAGACUACAUUGAAUGGCUACAGAAACAACUUGAAGGCACUCCUAUGACAGAUUUUCGUAGGCUGGCAAUUGGUCCUACCUUCGCUACAAUUUCGUAUAACUCAUAUUUUGUUAAUGGCUAUCUUUUUUACACAGCCGAUGCCGAAAAAAAUUUAACUACACAAAAUAGUGGAGUCACCAUGGAUGCUUGCACCAGCUUCAGAGCAAAAAUUGUUUUUUACUGUGAUUGGGUGCGAGUCGAAGACAAAGUACAUGGAUCCUAUGUGGAUCCGGAUACAAAGUUGAGGUUUGUCAACUUCAGAAAGUUUAUGAGAAGCUCAAAAGAAGUCGACGAGCCAUUCAUCCAUGCUUCUCAAGCUAGACAAGUUUUUUACUGCAGAGAUGUGACAAGGGAGCACUGGAAUUUGGUUUUGGAAUCUCCAAUAAGAUCAGACCCCAAUAAGAAUGCUUUGGAAGAUCCAUUUGUCUUCACUGCAAAUGCAAAUGAAGCUCCAUCAAUUUUUACAGUUGUUGGAGAAGAUGAGUAUUGGAAUGAAGAAGCUCAGGGGAUGCCUCUUAAUACAGUUGGAAAAGUGUCUAGCACUGAUGAUACUCAUUACUCGAGUUUAAAACUCAUUGGAACGACGUUCUUUGUCGUAUGUGAACCAGGGACACAUCACAUGGAUGCUCUACUUGAUAUCAUUUACGAAGUAUUGGAUAAGUUUAUCGUCAUCUGA